GCUGUACAAAGGUAGAAUUAAUGCAACUAGCCAUGUCAUCCAGCAUCCAAUGUUUGGCGCUGGCCACAAAUUUCGUACUCUUCAUUUGCCAGUCUCAACAACAUUAUCAGAUGUUCUUGACCGAGUAUCAGAUACUCCAAGUAUCACAGCUAAGCUAAUUAGUGAACAAAAAGAUGACAAAGAAAAGAAGAACCAUGAAGAGAAGGAAAAAGUUAAGGCAGAAAAUGGAUUUCAGGACAAUUACAGUGUUGUUGUCGCCUCUGGUCUGAAAUCUCAAUCUAAACGUGCUGUGUCAGCUACACCACCUCGCCCACCAUCCAGGAGGGGGAGGACAAUCCCUGAUAAAAUGGGAAGUACUUCCUCAGGUGCAGAGGCUGCCAACAAAAUCAUUACUGUCCCAGUGUUUCAUCUGUUUCACAAACUCUUGGCAGGCCAGCCAUUGCCAGCUGAAAUGACACUUGCCCAGCUUUUAACUCUCCUCUAUGACCGAAAACUUCCUCAGGGUUACCGUUCAAUAGAUCUGACUGUUAAAUUGGGAUCAAGAGUUAUCACAGACCCGAGUCUGUCAAAAACAGAUUCUUUUAAAAGACUUCACCCUGAGAAAGAUCAUGGAGAUUUAAUUGGUUGCUGUCCAGAAGAUGAGGCUCUUACUCCAAGUGAUGAGUGCACGGAUGGGAUACUAGAUGAGUCUUUACUUGAAACCUGUCCCAUUCAGUCACCAUUACAAGUUUUUGCAGGAAUGGGUGGGUUGGCUCUUAUUGCAGAAAGACUACCCAUGCUAUAUCCAGAAGUGAUUCAACAGGUGAGUGCUCCAGUGGUAACAUCUACUACUCAGGAAAAACCAAAGGAUAGUGAUCAGUUUGAAUGGGUGACCAUUGAACAAUCAGGGGAAUUAGUUUAUGAAGCUCCAGAAACUAUUGCAGCAGAGCCUCCCCCUAUCAAGUCAGCAGUACAGACCAUGUCUCCCAUACCUGCCCACUCUUUGGCUGCUUUCGGACUAUUUCUUCGUCUUCCGGGCUAUGCUGAAGUGCUACUAAAAGAGAGGAAACAUGCCCAGUGCCUUCUUCGAUUGGUAUUGGGAGUGACAGAUGAUGGAGAAGGAAGUCAUAUUCUCCAGUCUCCAUCAGCCAAUGUGCUUCCAACCCUUCCCUUCCAUGUUCUUCGUAGCUUGUUUAGUGCUACGCCCUUGACAACUGAUGAUGGCGUGCUCCUAAGGAGGAUGGCAUUGGAAAUCGGAGCACUACAUCUCAUUCUUGUCUGUCUGUCUGCUCUGAGCCAUCAUGCCCCCCGAGUUCCAAACUCUAGCCUCAAUCAAACAGAGCCACAGGUGUCUAAUGCUCAUAACCCUGCGUCUACAGAAGAACAGCAGCUAUAUUGGGCCAAAGGGACAGGCUUUGGAACAGGUUCUACAGCUUCAGGGUGGGAUGUGGAGCAAGCCUUAACUAAGCAGAGGCUUGAAGAGGAGCAUGUCACCUGUCUUCUGCAGGUUCUUGCAAGUUACAUAAACCCUGCAAGUGGCUCUGUGGAUGGGGAAGCGCCACCAUGCCCUGAGAGCAGAGGUCAGAAUAGCAGUGCCCUGCCGGCUGUGCUGCUGGAACUGCUCAGCCAGUCCUGCCUCGUCCCUGCCAUGUCCUCCUACCUACGCAAUGACUCAGUUCUGGACAUGGCAAGGCAUGUGCCACUUUAUCGGGCUCUGCUGGAGCUGCUCCGGGCCAUUGCCUCUUGUACGUCUAUGGUGCCGCUGUUGUUGCCUCUCUCUACAGAGAAUGGCGAAGAGGAAGAAGAACAGUCAGAGUGUCAAACUUCUGUUGGUACAUUAUUGGCUAAAAUGAAGACCUGUGUUGAUACCUAUACCAACCGUUUAAGAUCUAAAAGGGAAAAUGUUAAAACAGGAGUAAAACCUGAUGCAUCUGAUCAAGAACCAGAAGGACUUACUCUUUUGGUACCAGACAUCCAAAAGACUGCUGAGAUAGUUUAUGCAGCUACCACCAGCUUGCGCCAAGCAAACCAAGAAAAAAAACUAGGUGAAUACUCAAAGAAGGCGACUCUGAAACCCAAACCUUUGUCAGUAUUAAAAUCACUUGAAGAAAAAUAUGUGGCUGUUAUGAAGAAACUACAGUUUGAUACAUUUGAGAUGGUUUCUGAAGAUGAAGAUGGAAAACUGGGUUUUAAAAUAAAUUACCACUACAUGUCUCAGGUGAAAAAUGCAAAUGAUGCAAACAGUGCUGCCAGAGCCCGCCGCCUUGCCCAGGAAGCCGUGACGCUUUCCACUUCAUUGCCUCUGUCGUCGUCCUCUAGUGUGUUUGUCCGCUGUGAUGAGGAGCGGCUCGACAUCAUGAAGGUUUUGAUAACCGGGCCAGCAGACACCCCCUAUGCAAAUGGCUGCUUUGAAUUUGAUGUAUAUUUUCCUCAAGAUUAUCCCAGUUCACCCCCUCUUGUGAAUCUAGAAACAACUGGUGGUCAUAGCGUGCGAUUCAAUCCAAACCUUUACAAUGAUGGCAAGGUUUGUUUAAGCAUCUUAAAUACCUGGCAUGGAAGACCGGAAGAGAAGUGGAAUCCUCAGACCUCAAGCUUUUUGCAAGUGCUGGUGUCUGUCCAGUCCCUUAUAUUAGUAGCUGAGCCUUAUUUUAAUGAACCCGGAUAUGAACGGUCUAGAGGCACUCCCAGUGGCACACAGAGUUCUCGAGAAUAUGAUGGAAACAUUCGACAAGCAACAGUUAAAUGGGCAAUGCUAGAACAAAUUAGAAACCCUUCACCAUGCUUUAAGGAGGUUAUACACAAGCAUUUUUACUUGAAAAGAAUUGAGAUUAUGGCGCAGUGUGAGGAGUGGAUUGCAGACAUCCAGCAGUAUAGCAGUGAUAAGCGAGUAGGCAGGACCAUGUCUCACCAUGCAGCAGCUCUCAAGCGUCACACUGCUCAGCUGAGAGAAGAGUUGCUAAAACUUCCCUGCCCUGAAGGCUUGGAUCCCGAUGCUGACGAUGCCUCAGAGGUGUGCAGAGUCACUCCAGGUGCCGAGGAGACUCCAACACAUGAUCAGGUCAAACCCGGCAGCAGCAAAGACCUCCCUAGUGACUUCCAAUUAUGAGCUGCAUUGAUGUGGAUUUCAUAGACACAAAGGCUUCGAAGCACAAGCCAAAUAUGUCAAUAUUUGUAUGUAAGAAACUAAUUAUGUAAUAGUUAAUGAAACUGAAACUAUACUAUGCCCUUAAGGAGAUCCAGUUUAAUUCAAGGUGAUCUUUUAUUUACCUGUACAAGAGUGUAAACUUUUUUGUGCUUUUAUUUUUCAAUUGUGAGAACCACUGAUUGGUAUGUUCAACAAAUUUGUGUAUACAAAGAAAUGGAUAAAUCACUGAUAUAUAAGGGAAACUACCUUAGGAAAGACUGUUUACUGAAUGUUUAUCUUUUUUUUUUAUUUUUUUUUUUACUGUAGAGUGAGGGGUUGUUAACAAAGAAUAUAUAUUGGUCAUUCUUACAACUACUAUUUAAAGUCAGCAACUUUUCACUGAAUUUGAUAGAUUUUUCUGUUUGGCCACAUCUUCAUGCUCAUAAUUGAUUUCUGAAGACCUCCUACAUACACUUCAAUAAAAGUUAAAUGGACAUAUCCCCUCUUUUUUGAUUUACUGGUACAUUUUUAAUAAUAAAUCUGACAUAAAAUGCAUUAUAGCUGGAGACUUGCUCUUGUAUGGAUGAAUUUAUUACAUUCAACAUAUUUAAUUUUAUGCCUUCUAAUUCUAAGAUGCAGAAAAAAAAAUAAAUGAACAUGAUUUUAUUCUAUGGCAACACUUGGGCCUCUGAAUGUAUCCAUUAUUUGAAUUUAAGUAUAUGAAAAGGAAUGGUCAAUUUCAAGUCACUAAACUGAUUUUUUUUUUCCUAAAGGGCUCCUUUUUUCCUGGACUCUCGGGUUUUAUUGCUAAAGUCACAUGUAUGUAUGAACAUUGAGGCUCUGUAGAGGAGAGAGGCUGUACCUCUCUGGUGCUGUUACAGUACAUUCUGUACCUGCCAUACAGGUUCAUUUUCAUGCAAUUUUUUCCUAGAGCCAAAUAAAUAAAGACUUAGGUAAAUUAGUAUGUCUUGUUUCUAAAACAGUCUGCCAUGGUGUGAAAUGCUGUUUCUACAAAAAUUACACACUUAAGACUUGAGCAUGGGGGAACAAAGAAUGUUUUUCUAAGACCAGUUACCAUAAAGGAAAAGUUGAGGUAAUUUCUUGAUAAUGUUUAUAUAAAAUAAAAUAGUGUGUGGAAAUCAGGAGCUGACCAAGGGGUGUAUGCUGAACAGUCGCUCCCUGAAGAGAAAGAGAAGUGAGGAGUCAUGGUAUUGUCUCAUGUGCAAGGUAAAGAGCUCUUUAAACAUGGAUAAAUGGAGGAGCACACAGGGUGUGACCAGGAAAUUGAGAUUCUAAAACAUAAUAGUUUCAGGUCUGGUGGAUAGUGAGCUACACCAAGAAUGGCAGAAUAGUGGUAAAGUCAAUUUAUGAUAAGUAAGAAAAACUCAAUUAUAUUUCAUGCACAGACAUGCCUGCUAGAAUUUAUAAAAUUGUCAGCAAUAGGAAAUAAAAGGACAGUCAUUAAUUUUCCAUGCCCUCCUUUAUGUUUGAUUGGUUUGGUCUGUUAAGUUCCCAUCAGGACUGAUUGAUGAAAGCUGCUGUGAGGUAUAUCAUUUGUUCCCAGUUUUGGACUUAAAACUCAUUAGAGUUUGGUCAGGUUAUUUUCCACUCCUUAUCUAUAUCUCAGCAAGUUUUAUAACAUGAAAGUUGCAACACCAGCACUAUCAAAUACAAUUUAUGUUUUUUUA